AUUUGUUUAAAAUAGAUACGUAUAUCCAUUACAUUUUAGCCCGAGCCUUCGGUCCAAAAGUUUAGGUUCAUUUCAGCAGUAUGAAACAAUUUCGCUCUCUGGAAAGUAAAACAGUUUUCGGCUUCUUGUCGCUAUAAGCUAUUGUAAGUGUGUUGGGUGGAGGUUCCGUGAUUAAAGAACACUCUCAGAAGCCUUUACUAUCAAUUUUAUCAGUUGUCGUUCGGUAAUCGCUGCGGCGAUCACUUAAAAACCCGCAAAAUUACGCCCGCGGUGGCACUUUGGAAUAUACCACGAAAAGGGGCGGACCGCUUGCCAGUAUGGAAAUUGUUAUAAGGUUUCUGCAAGGCAUAGCACCUGUUUUCUUGGCCCAUGGGAUUGUCGGCAUUAUCGCCUUCUGUGUGAGGCUGUAUAUGCAGGGCGGAAAGUUCAGGAAGCAGACCGAUGAGACGGGAAAAGUGGCCAUCGUUACUGGCGGAAACACGGGCCUGGGCAAGGAGACAGUGCUGGAGUUGGCCAGGAGAGGAGCCACCGUCUACAUGGCCUGCCGCAAUAAAGAAAAGGGGGAAAGAGCUCGAAGGGAAAUCGUCAAGGUGACUGGAAACUCGAACGUCUUCUCACGGGAGUGUGACUUGUCGUCUCUGGAUUCCAUUCGUAAGUUUGCAGAAAACUUCAAGAAAGAGCAGCGAGAGCUGCACAUUCUUAUCAACAAUGCUGGAGUAUUCUGGGAACCGCAUAGAUUGACGAAAGAUGGCUUUGAAAUGCACCUGGGGGUAAACCACAUCGGUCACUUCCUACUAACCAACCUAUUGCUCGAUGUGAUGGAGAGGUCAGCUCCUAGUCGGGUGGUGGUGGUCGCCAGCAGGGCCCACGCACGGGGUCGGAUUAAUGUGGAUGACAUAAACAGCUCCUAUUUUUACGACGAGGGAGUAGCCUACUGCCAAAGUAAGCUGGCCAACAUACUAUUCACGCGUGAAUUGGCCAAGCGGCUGGAAGGAACGCGUGUGACGGUCAACGCCCUUAAUCCUGGAAUAGCAGACACGGAGAUAGCCAGGAACAUGAUAUUUUUCCAAACGAAGUUUGCUCAGUAUGUGGUAGAAACAGUUUUGAGGCCGAUCCUUUGGUCCUUGAUGAAGACACCUAAGAACGGGGCCCAGACCACAUUGUAUGCGGCCUUGGAUCCUGACCUCGAAAAAGUAUCGGGUCAAUACUUCAGCGACUGCACUCUGGCUCCUGUAGCGCCCGCUGCCCUCGACGACCAGAUGGCCCAGUGGUUGUGGGCGCAGUCCGAGAAGUGGGCGGCAAUUGCGCUGUAGGUCACUAGGAUAUUGUGAUUUGGCUAGCCACUUUAAUGUCACAACAGCCAUGGUUAUUGCACAAUGCACUCUUAGAAUAAUAGGGUAUACUAGAUUCAAAGGCUUGUAACAAGUAAUAAUAACUAUUAUAGGAUUUGCGAGUCGAGGUACACGGUAUCCUGAUUGAUGUAUCCCGAAUGAUGUAGGUAAUAUGUAUGUUAGGUAGGCACAAGUGUCAUAUUCAAAUCAAUAGAUGCAAAGGGAGAAUCUUGCGUUGUUGAGUCGCAGAGCUCAAAAACAUCUGUACAAAGAAAUACAACCAUUUCUAGCGCAUUAAUAUAUAUUAUUAACCAUUUAGAUCUUUAUGGUUUCGAGUA